GUUAAACAUAAUUAUACAACAAUGAAAGAUACUACCAGACGCAUAUUUGAGAAGGAGAACCAAGCUGAAGUUUCUAAUAAUAUGGACAAACGGACUAAUUAAAAAUCAUUCACCUAAUUAGUUUCAUUAAAUCUAUUAAAUAGAUAACCAAAAAUCGAGUUCAAGAGCAUCGAUAUCAAGUAAUAGCCUCAACAAUUGAACUACUUAACUUAAAGGAACCCUAAUGUAUCAAGUCUACAUUAUCGUCCAGAAAUAAAGUAAAAGACAACCAUUUCCACAACUGAAUAAAUUUAUUCACCAAUCACUGUGAGAUAGACCACCUCUAUUAGUUAAUCCAACCAAAACUAUUUAAAUAAAGAACAGAAGAAUCCAUAAAAUAAAUUAACUUAUCUUUAUGGAGACAACAUACUCACAAAUUACCAAGCUUAAGAUUCCAUCUAAAAGUUUGACUUUUUAAAAAAGCAUUCCAUUACCACUAAUUUGAGAGCUAAAAUGGUUGAUUGGAUGAUUGAAGUCUUAACAUCAUACAAAUGUAAGGAUCAGACCUUUUUCAUGGCUGUGAGAUUGAUGGACACAUUUCUACAUCACACUACAAAAUAGCAUGCUCCUCAAGAUUUGCAUCUAGUUGGUGUGACUUGUAUGUUCAUUGCUAGUAAGUUCGAAGAAAUCUAUCCUGUAAAAUUGUAGAUAGUGCAUGAAAAGAUAGCCCACAAGAAACUAUCUAAAGAUGAAAUUAAGGACAAAGAAUCCUAAAUAGCAUAAGCUCUAGAUUUCAAUUUUGUUGGGACAACUCUUUCAGAAAUCAUUUCAAUGACUUUACAAUUAAUCAAUUAGUAUUAGAAAUUGCAUUAAUUUGUUACCUACUUAGCUAAAAUAGUUUUAUACGAUUAUGAACUAAUUAGUUAAUAUAAUUAUUCAUCAUUGUCAGCAGCAUGUGUAAUAAUUGGAUGCAAUCUGUUGUGUCAAGAAUCGAGCGAUGAAAUUAUCUCUUAAACUUUACAAGUGCUUAAUGUUGAUAAGGAUGAAACAGUAGAAUUAUCAAAUAAAGUAUUAAACUUAGCCAAGAAUUUUGAUAAACUAUUUCCAAAUCUAGAAAACUUAAAGAAGUUCAACAAAAAUGCAACCUUAGACAUAAUCAAACUAUAAAAAUGA